UUUUUAGACUGGUACUUCGUCCAGCAACCGGAGAGAGAGAGAGGGUCCCGCGCUCUGAUGCAAUGUGCCUAUAGUUUUGUGUGUAUAGAAGAGAAGUGCUGGAGUUUGUACAGGAGAGCUGCAACCGUUUGCGCCGGGGCUGCACAGACUUGACUUGGCUUUUUUUCUUCACUUUGCCCCAUCAGCUCAUUCUUCUUCCAGUCGCUGGAGACUGGCGGCUGCGAAGAGAGUGAGCGCGGCUCUUAGAGCAUCCCCCCCUCUCAGUUGUUAUCCAGUCACCAGUCAACAUGUGAACGUCCUGGACAGCUCAGAAGUACAGUUUCCCAACGGGUGUGCUGGUGAGCCGCCCGGCAUUCACCCCCCUCCAAUAAGUGACUUUCUCUCCAUCCAAAUCCUUUUGUAAUUUGUCUCUCGUGUCGACUUUGUUUAAUGUGACUCGGAAGAGGCCCGUCUUUUAUUUUAUUGAGUGAAUUGCCUUAACGUCACCUGUGACCGUUCCUGGACGUUUUCAACUCGUUAAAAGGAGGGGAGGCAGACACUCAACCGGUGCCGUUCCGUCUGUUCCGCUUGCCAUCACGUUGGAGCUGCUGAGGAUUGCGCUGUGUUGCUAUCGGUAACUGCAAGUAGCCGGCCCAGGCCGGGCUGGGGAGACGGAGGAAAACUAGGAAUAAGUCGGCGGCCUUUUUGAUCAUCAUCAUCAUUUUUUCGGCCCAGGGUAAAAAAAAAAAAAUGGACGCCAACAUUUCCUGUUCACUGCCGAGCCGCCCACUUGCGCUAGUCCGUCCGACGAUCCCUAGCCCGGCCACAAUGAUCCAGAACACAAUCAAAAAGAAACCCAACACCGCAUCCACUCGUUUGUUCUCAUCUGUGCUAAACCAAACUUAAUCAGUGCCGAUAUUUUCAUUUGCGAGUGCCGGACAUUUUUCUCUCUCAUUUCUCCUUAACUCGUUUGUCGCCCGUCUCCAUUUGGACGGAGCCACCACGACCACUUCAAGCCUUUUAGCUUGAAAUAACGAACGCUAACGACGUCGGCUGAUCCAGCCGCCAUUUGUGUGUGCAGCAGCUUGGUCGCUAUCGACUCUUGCAAAGAGAGUUGGAUUCGACAAGAUGGAACAGUUUGAUCAGUUGCUGACUUGCUGCGUUUGCCUGGACCGUUACCGCAACCCCAAACUGCUACCAUGUCAGCACUCGUUCUGCAUGGAGCCUUGUAUGGAGGGCCUCAUCAACUACGUCACUCGCCAGGUCAAAUGUCCGGAAUGCAGAGCCGAGCACCGAAUCCCUUAUCAAGGAAUUGCGGCUUAUCCGACCAACGUGACAUUGCAACGGUUUCUCGAGCUACACAUCGAAAUCACCGGAGAGUUGCCCGACCCCACCAGCGGUCAGAUCAUGGAACGUUGUGGAGUUUGCUCGGAGAAAAACUAUUGCACGCUCUGCUGUCACUGCGACAAGAAAGUCUGCAGCGAUUGCAAGGAGGGCCAUUUGGACAUCCUGAGACGGGAAAUCGCUCGAGUCAACAACCAGGUGCGGAGGACUUUGCCUCGGCUGCAGGACGCUCUAGGAGUCAUCGACAAGAACUCGACUCAGCUGCAAACCAACUGCCUGUCCAUCAUCGAGGAAGUCGACGGUCUUUACAGGCGUCUCUCCAAGGCGCUCAAAGACCGGACGGACCACAUCAAGGGCGAAAUCGAGGCCUUUAUGUCGAAAGAGCUCAAGGCCAUGAUUGGCCUGCGGGCCAACCUGGAGCACGAGAUCUCAAAUUUUGACUCGAAUUCCGAAUUCGCCGAAAAGCACGUCACGGCCGGAACGGGCGGCACCGAAGGUGGGUCGUCCGUCUCCUCCUCGUCGGCCAGCACGGUCGCCUGGGACGACAACGAGCUCAUGGACACUAAAGACAUCUUCCUGCGCACCAUGGAGUUUAUCCGCAAUUUCGAAACGGAAACGGGCGACUACCACCGGCGGGUGCGGUUCUUUGUCCCGCAGGAUCCCAAUCAGCUGUCCAACACCCUGGCCAACUUGGGGGAACUAACGAUCCUUCAAGGUCCGUCGUCAUCUUCUGGCCAGGGUCCACCCACGGCCCCGUCGCUGGGACCGGGAUUGAUGCGGAGUAAAAGCGAUCACCGGGUGGCGGCCGCCUUCCGCCAGCAGGAGGAGCGCUACAACAGCAUGGCCUACGGAUCGGACAACAACGACGAUAUCGGCGGCGGAAGCAGCGGACGGCCGCGCUAUUUCGGCGAGAGACACGGAAGUGUCAGCACUCGAGCCAUCGACCGAUACGACACGUCGUCGUCACGCCGGAACGACUACGGCGAUUACGAGGAGCCGGACAGCGGCCGUCGUAAAUUCCGCUCGCGUUUUAUGCGCCAUCACGACUCGGGCGAUUCGGAUAACGAGCCGGCCGGCCGUUCUGUUCGCUUUCAGGCGGGCGACGCUGGCGAUCCAUCGGCUAACAAGAAGGAACGUCUCAAAGUCCUGGACACGGAAGAUGCUGCCAGGGGACCGCUCAGUGGCAUUACACGUCUGACGGAUUCGCCGCGGGUCAUCAAACGGCUCCAGGAGGUGGGCAGGAAAAAGAAACCGACCCCACCGACCACGCUCAAUUUGCCAACGCCGGCCACAAAUCAGCAGUCGCUGUCCAGUCCGUCGAGCCGCAUACCGCCCCGUCCCACCGCUGCCGCCCGCCAAGUGAGCGAAGAAGAUGAAAUCGCCAAAAUCAAGAAGCAGAACAAAGGACAGGAAGCUUCUUCUUCCGACAGCGCUCGAAAAACGGAUGCCACUCCGUCGACUCCGACGGGAGCUGGCGAGCGGCCAAGAUUUUCCAGCCAGCAGAGCAGCAAUUCGUCAGAGCAGCAGCAGGGCAGUAAAACUCCGGCGGCCUCGAGGCAGACCUCGACGACCGGCUCGGAAGCCUCGCAAAAGACUCCGGCGGAAUCAUCCAGCAGCUCCGGGGCCACGCCCACCAAUGAAACACCGGAAGAAGCGCGAACGCGGAGAAGGUCCUUGUUGGCCGGCGGAAGCAAGAGCGGCACGUCGACACCCAACGACACCGAGUCCGAGUCCAGGCAGAAGGAUCGAACAGCUGUGGCGUCCAGUUACGCGGCGGCUGUGGCGUCCAGUUACGCGGCGGCUGUGGCGUCGCGGACGUCGUCACCUGCCGAAGACACGUCGGAUCGACCCAGUCGACGUGUGGGCCGCGUUUCAACCGAGCGGUUCAACAAGUCCAGCUCCGAGAGCAGCACGUCGGCCGAGUCUUCGACCCACUCGUCGCCGGUGCGCAAUACGGGCGCGGCUUUCUCCACGGUCGAAUUGAAAAAUCGAUUCGGCGGCGGAGUGACUGGAGGGCGUAAAUCCAGUACGGGCAGCACGAAUGGCGACGCUUCGGCGUCAAUGGCCACGACGACGACCCGGAGCCGAUUCGGCAACACCACCAGCGGUGGCGCUACCAGUCCAUCGUCUGGACGCUAUGGAACAACUGGUAGCAGUUCGACGAGUAGUAGUAGCGCAGCUGCUGCUGCCGCUAGCAAUGGAACAGCUGCGACUGGAGCAGCCCCCCACCGAUUUCAGAGUCGUUUUUUAGGCCGGGCUGGCACUCCUACAGCAGAGGCCUCGAGGGGAUCCGAGAAUAGUCAGAGUAGCUCAUCCGACGACAGUUCAGAUUCGUCGGAAUCCGAUUCAGCCGAGAAACCGGCGAAUGGUAAAAGCAGUACGGCAGCAGGGAGCAAAACUGCUGCGGCGGCUGCUGCACCCAAGACCACCACCACCACUAAGGAUCGGGAAUUAGCUCGGACCGACAUCGGGCCUCUGUUGGCCAGGAGUGCACAGGCUCGCGACACAUCCACCUAUCCCAGUAGUAGUAGCACCAAUCACACCGGUAGUAGCUCCGGUAAUAGUAGACCAACAUCAUCCGACUCGCCUUCCUCCUACACGCCGAGGAGCCGAGCCAAUGCCUCAGCGGCGGCUACCCCAUCAUCAUCAUCCAGCCGGCCCUACAGUUCCUCCUCUCGUUUCGGAACGACCGACUCAUCGACAACGGGAUCGGCUUUGUCCAGGAGCAGGACGGGCUCGGCGCUGGCCGACGAUAUGGAGAACAAGUAUCCGUUGACGAGUAAAUACCUCAACCGGUCGCGGGCCAACUUGUCCAGCGACACUGGUGGAAGCUACGGAGGAGAUUCGAGCGGCUAUCACGGCAGCUCGUCAUCAUCGUCAUCGACUCCGCGCUACUCGCAAACGAGAGGCUAUCAGAGUCGUUUUUUAAACAAAAGUAAGAGCUCUGCUGCGCUAGACUGCGCACCGGACGGCGGCAACGAAGUGGCCGACGAUGACGAGGAAGACGCGAUGGACGACAACGACGACGACUACAACAAGUCGUCGGCGGUGUCGGCCUCGGCGUCGGCUUCGUCGGCGUCGCAGCCGCUCCUGGUCGUCUCCGGUGACGAACGGUAUCCAAGCGGCAGGUCGAGAUAUGCAGCCCUUAAGGACCGCCGAUCCCGGCUUGCCCGCAGCAAGAGCUCUCACGAUGUGGGGCCACCCGCUCCCUUGUCGCCCACGGGGCCGUCGUCGUCGAGUCAAUUGACGGGCGGCGACGGCGUCGCUGGCGGCAGGGCAUCGGACCCACACUAUCAUCAGCACGGUCAGCUGGGCGGAGAAGUCGGGGAUACCGGGACUUCUUCGCUGGAACCAACAUCGCCUUCAGCUGAAUCCGCUUCAGGAUCUUCCUUGUCCACUUGGGCGCGCUAUUUAAAGAACAAGUACGGGCCCAGGAAUAAAGAAGGAGACGGCCAGCCACCGUCAGCCACGACCAACAGCGAUUCGACAACGGCCGGAGGAGGGAAACAAGCGCAACCGACGUCGUCGCGAUUCAGCCGCGCCCGAUCCAUCGGCGUCUCCGGAAACAACGCGGCCAACGGACGACGCAACUCGGAAGACGUUACAGGACCACCGCCGUCGGGAUUGAUUACGUCUUCGUCCAGACACCAGUACAUGCAAAAGCGGAAGGUCCUGAUGAAGAUGGGAACCCGCGGCAGCGAAGCCGGAGCCUUCACCUGGCCCCGCGGCGUUGCAGUGGCUCCCGACAAUUCCAUCGUCGUGGCGGACAGCUCCAAUCAUCGGGUCCAGGUGUUUGAUUCCACUGGCAAAUUCUUGAAAGAGUUUGGCUAUUACGGAAACGGCGAAGGCGAGUUUGACUGCUUGGCCGGCGUUGCCAUCAAUCGAAUUGGCCAGUACAUUAUCGCGGAUAGGUAUAAUCACAGAAUCCAGGUGUUCGAUCCAUCGGGCCGUUUCUUGCGGGUCUUCGGCUCGCAAGGAACGACCGACGGCAAGUUCAGCUAUCCCUGGGGCGUCACAACCGACGCUCUUGGUUUCAUUUACGUCUGCGAUAAGGAAAACCAUCGAGUGCAGGUCUUCCAGUCAGAUGGAACUUUUGUCGGCAAAUUCGGCACAAUGGGCAAUCGGCCCGGCCAGCUGGAACAUCCGCACUACAUAGCCGUCAGCAGUACCAAUCGCGUCAUUGUAUCGGACUCGAACAAUCACCGAAUUCAAGUCUUUGACGUCAAUGGCAAAGUAAUCGCCUCGUUUGGUGGCGAGGGAGCAGAUGAGGGGCAAUUUAAGUUUCCCAGGGGAGUAGCCGUCGACGACCAAGGCUACAUCGUCGUGGCUGAUUCGGGUAACAACCGCAUCCAAGUGUUCACCGCUGACGGCGUUUUCGUCAAAGCUUUCGGAUGCUGGGGCUCCGGUGACGGAGAAUUCAAAGGACUUGAAGGCAUCGCCGUCAUGUCAAACGGCAAUAUAGUCUGCGCCGAUCGAGAAAACCAUCGAAUUCAAGUAUUUUAAAAAAAGAACAACAUUUCUUUUUCUUUACAUUUUUUUUUCAUGAUAUCAUGUAACACAACGUGUAAUAAUCAGCCGUCAGAAAUUUGCUAAUGAAAACCUCAACAUUUAGAGAUGAACUAGAAGACUCACUUUGCUCGUGACAAUUCUAGUUGAUAUUUCAGACGAUCAUAUUAUAUAAUAGUUGACUGAUCUUUCGGCAGCUUUGUCUUCUCUUCUCUUUCUAUUCUUUUCUUUAAUGAUUACAGUUUUCAUUGUUUGUUGACAAUAAUCAGCUGCUUUUUUUCUUCUUGUUUUUUGACAAAUUAUUCGUGUUGAUUUGAAUGUGAGAGUCCAAGAGGGCGUGCACAGGCCAGGACGAGACGAGCCAAAUCAAUUUAAGAAAGUCGGGCCCGCGCUUGUGUGUUUCUAUCGUGCAGAAUUAUUUUGCUAGUGAAACUAUACAGAGCACAUCUGUUAUAUUUCAGUUGGUUCAUUAGGACCCCCAUAAAAAUACACAAACAUUACACACACACCAUUAUUGAGACUCUAUCAAAUAACUCCCCCCUCUGUCUCCUAUCCACUUCUUUAUAUACCUUCUCCGAUUGCCACCAUGUACACCGGGUUUCCUCCUGCUUGUCAUCGAGACGAUAUGAGUUGUGAGAAUACAAGUUACGGAAUCCGUACGAGUGGGUACGACCUUA